AUGGGGACAGGAGCAACUUCCUCUAAAGGAGGGUCGAAGGGAAAAUCCAAGGAUCCCCCGUUUUGUUUGUUGAAUCGUGAGGAUCGUAAAACUUAUGAUUUUCUCGUUUCAAAUAAGCGUCAAGUGAAGUCAACAAAAUUCCUCCAUAGGGAAUCUUUUGCUAGUCUUGGGGUGCUCGAUGGAGUCCAAGCGUUAUUUAACAACAUAGGGUGGGGUCAAUUCCUCCAUAACCGCGCCGCCACCUAUGUUGAACCCACCUUGGAAUUUCUUACCAUAUUCAAUCCCGAGGAGGAAGCCCAAACCGUCACCUUCCAAAUGCUCGGCGAGAAACGAUCUCUACCACAUCGGGUCGUGAAUGCUUUGAUGGGUGCUCCAGUGGACAACCUAUAUUACCAACAAGACCCAUGGCCCGGAAACUUCAAUGAACAUUACUUUUGGCAACAAAUUACCAAUGAGCCACAAUAUUCAUCGUCUUCGUCAAAGGCCUCCUCCAUAAUUCACCCAUGUUUGCGCCUAGCACAUAGAGUUCUCACAUGCACCAUUUUCGCCCGCUCCGAAGUAGGACAGAUUUCAAAGGCGGAAUUAUUUUUUCUUUGGUGCAUGACUCGUGAGAACGGUCCGCGGCCGGAUUUUGCCUCCUUUUUCUUCACCAAGUGUUACAACCUCACAACUAUGGACAAAGGAGACAUUUUCAUUGGGGGAUUAAUCACCCUCAUUGCAUCCUGGCCACCGCUUCAACUUCAUCUCUCUACUCUUCCAUUCGAGAAGGCUUCCGACCCCUCUAGUCUUGACGGCAACGCACUUCGCCGAAUGGAACUCAUCGGGAUUCGGUUGUCGGGCCCAUGUGGAUCCUUGACAACCAACCAUACCUCAUUCUCCCCCAUGAGUAUAUAG